CUUUUUUCUUUGCUUUCAAAGCAGAGUGGAGGAAUGCCCUCCCACAUGGUUCAGAGAACAUCUGUUAGUGAGAAAUGAAGGCCUGAGAGAGAAAGAGAAGGAGGGGGAGGUGGUGCAAGGGGACUUACAUUAAUACAGAAGACGAAAGGAGGUGAAGAAAGAACAGGAGAGCAUGCGGAGAGGUGGAAAGGGGAGGAGGGAGAGUGACAAGACCUCAGCUGGGGGAGACCACCCUUUCUGCAGAUCAGCAGAGACGCUCAUGUGAGCAGCCUCAGUGGCGGCAGCAGUGACUGGUGAGAACGAGGAGAGAGAAAAGGAGAGGAAGAGAGCAGGGAUAACAGAGCCACCACCACCAUCAUUCUGAUCGGAUUCACACCAGACAUGUGAGAAGAUGUCCGUGGGCGGCUGCGCGUGUCCCGGCUGUUCCUCCAAGUCGUUCAAGCUGUACUCCCCCAAGGAGCCCCCCAACGGUAGCACUUUCCCCCCUUUCCACCCCGGCACCAUGCUGGACAGAGACGUGGGCCCCACUCCAAUGUACCCUCCCACAUACCUGGAGCCAGGAAUAGGGAGGCACACACCAUAUGGCAACCAGACAGACUACAGAAUAUAUGAGCUCAACAAACGACUACAGAACUGGACAGAGGAGUGUGACAACCUGUGGUGGGAUGCAUUUACUACAGAGUUCUUUGAGGACGAUGCCAUGCUGACCAUUACUUUCUGUCUGGAAGAUGGACCCAAACGUUACACAAUUGGCCGGACGUUAAUCCCGAGGUACUUCCGGAGUAUAUUUGAGGGCGGUGCCACUGAGCUCUACUAUGUACUGAAACAUCCCAAGGAGUCCUUCCACAAUAACUUUGUCUCCCUCGACUGUGAUCAGUGCACUAUGGUCACACAGAAUGGAAAACCCAUGUUCACACAGGUGUGUGUAGAAGGACGCUUGUACCUGGAGUUCAUGUUUGACGACAUGAUGAGGAUAAAGACGUGGCACUUCAGUAUCCGACAACACCGUGAACUCAUUCCUCGUAGUAUACUGGCCAUGCAUGCCCAAGACUCUCAGAUGCUGGACCAGCUGUCCAAAAACAUAACAAGAUGUGGCCUGUCGAACUCCACCCUCAACUACCUCCGACUGUGUGUGAUUCUGGAGCCCAUGCAGGAGCUGAUGUCCAGACACAAGACCUACAGCCUCAGCCCCAGAGACUGCCUCAAGACCUGUCUGUUCCAGAAAUGGCAGAGGAUGGUGGCACCACCUGCUGAGCCAUCAAGACAAGCCCCUAACAAACGGCGGAAGCGUAGGAUGUCAGGCGGCAGCACCAUCAGUGGAGGAGGAGGAACUAACAAUAACAACAACAACAAAAAGAAGAGCCCUGGUAGUGGCUUCCCACUGUCCAGCCAAGUUCCGGAUGUGAUGGUGGUGGGAGAGCCCACUCUGAUGGGAGGGGAGUUCGGCGACGAGGAUGAGCGUCUGAUCACACGGCUGGAGAACACACAGUUCGACGCUGCCAAUGGCAUAGAUGACGAGGACAGCUUCAACAACUCUCCGGCGCUGGGCUCCAACUCGCCUUGGAACAACAAGGCUCCUUCCAGCCAGGAGAGCAAGAGCGACAACCCCACCUCACAGGCAUCACAGUAGAGCCCAGAGCCCCGCAUCCUCAACCUAACCCCUCCCUGUCACUCCUAGGCCCCCACCCCACCUCAAUAGCCAUGACUGCAACAGUAACAGUCCAUCAUCUGCUCUCCAAUCCAAACACCACUGUAGCGCUCAGAUUCAAGCACAGGUAGCCCGAGGGGGCUCGGACUGUUUUGCCGAGCUGGAGGAAGUUUCACAACUUCGAUUAUUGCGGUGACUUCCUGAUAAUUAGGCACUGUGUCCCACCUCUCGCUCCCUUUUCGUCAUUUCAUAGACAAAAAGUCCCAUCUGCUCUUGCCAAUUUUCAGUUUUGGAUGGCAACCGGGUAGCACGAGUGAUGAUUUAGUCCAGGGGAGAACUGUGCACGCUAAAGUAUCCAUACUGAAGUUCACAUGUAGGAACAGGUGGGGUGGAGGGGAAGGUGGCAGUUGGGCUUCAAGAUGGUGGCGAGUCGCUUAGGGACGACUCGUCCACUCCUACGCUAAACAUGCCUCUGGAUUCUGGUCUGCUCUGCUGAUGUGCGGGUCGCCCAUAACGUUUGUUAAUAGAGUGUGUGUGUGUGUGUGUGCGUGUGCGCUUGCAUGCGUGCGAGUGUGUGUUUGUGAAAGUUUUGAGAAGAGAAAAGCAGCAGCGUGAGUUUAAUGGUGGCUUUGCUGAAGCAGAUGGACCAGGAUUUAGAAUCGGUAUGUAAAACCAUUUGAAAUGAACACACUAAUAAGAGAGGUGAAAUGUGGCACUAGGGAAACAUCAAACACACAGACGCGUGCGCGCACACACACAACCACACAUAAUGAUCGAAGGAUUUUGAGUCCCCCUAGUGCCCAAAUAUCUCUGAUUAGACUACAGUGAAUGCAGUCUUUCAAACAGAACAUUGACAACACACACACAUGCACAGUCUUACACACACACA